CCAACUGUCUAGGCCUUCCUGCACUACCAUUACCACCCCUCCCAGAUGAGGGGACAUGUACACUGAUCAUCAGGGCACUGAUAAUCAGUGUGCCCUGAUGAUCAGUGUGGCCCCAGAUGUGCCACCUGUCAGUGUCCAUCAGUGCCAGCAGCCAGUGCUCAUCAGUGCCACGUGCCAGUGCCCAUCAGUGCCACAUAUCAGUGCAUACCAGUGCACAUCAAUGCCACAUAUCAGUGCCCAUCUGAGCUGCCUUUCAAUGUCACCCAUCAGUGCCAGUCAGUGCCACCUAUCAAUGCCAAUCAGUGCCACCUAUCAGUGCCAGUCAGUGUCACCUAUCAGUGCGCAUCAGUGCCGCCUUUCAGUGCCAGUCAGUGCCACCUAACAGUGCCAGUCAGUGCCGCCUAUCAGUGCCCGUCAGUG